AUGAUUGCCCGAGCAGCAGCGGAUGGCUGUACGACUGAGGUGAGCACGAUCUUACACCGACCGCAGGAUCCAAACUGUCUGAGCCAUGACGGAAUGAGCCCUCUUGGCAUGGCUGCAUGUUGUGGUCACAUUGAGGUGGCGCAGCUAUUGCUAGAAGCUGAGGCAUGGAUAAACGAGAUCGAUCAUGAUGGCAACACGCCUCUCACCUGCGCAGCUUACAGAGGUCAUAACGACAUGGUGCACUUACUGCUGCAGGCAGGCUCUCCCACAAACACGACAAACAUCCAUGGUGACACAGCGCUCAGUCGCGCAUCUGCCCGAGGAUACACGGACCUUUCAAACGUGCAUGGCGAAACAGCCCUCAUUCGCGCAGCCAAGCGUGGUCAUUUGCAAGUUGUCCGUUCGCUGCUCGCUGCCGGUGCAGACAGGGAGGUAGCUAUGCAGGCAUCAAAGCCUCCCAAGCUGCCAAAGGCAGGGCCAAGCUGGCAUUCUUCAGGGUGA